AUGGAGUGGGCGAAAGGCGAUGGUGCAGGGGACGCGGUGGCAGCAGACGAGGAAGGAGAAGAGGUUUACCUCGGAACUUCGAAGCUGUUUGGGAAUCAGUGGGAUGGGAGCGUAACCUUUCUGGCAAAGGACAAGAGCAGGAGGACUUGUCAACUCCCCUGCGGCGUCUCCGAUGUUGCCUUCGUCGGCUCAAAGUCGCACAUCGGCGUCGCAUGCGAUGACGGAAACGUGCUAGUCCUUGAGUCCUCGUCCAUGGGUGUGGAAGGAUGGCGACCUCUACACAUCCUCGCAGAGCAUGACGACAUGGUCACCUCCGUGGGCCCCUGCCUGUCUACAUCUGGCAAGCUUGCCAGCGCAAGUGCCGAUGGCAGCGUCAAGACAUGGAGCCUUGCUGUGAGCGGAGAGUCCGGAAGCCUCUCGACCUUCUCAGGUCACAACGCGGCUGUGUGGGAUGUGGAGUUUCACCCUGAUGACGAGCAUGUGCUGGCGAGUGUUGGGCAGGACGGGACUCUCCGACUUUGGGAUGAUCGAACAAGUGGAGGCGGCGCGAGCGUGAUGACGUCAGAAAACCAGAACCACCCUCUCUUCUGCUUGUCCUGGCUCAAGAAUGCCAGCAUGCAGAUAGCAGUGGGUUCAGAGGAGGGCAAGGUUAUCAUCUACGACGCCAGGGACCUUCAGAAGGCCUGCUCGACUUUCAAGGCCCAUGACGACAGUGUCCGGCGUAUCGUACCAGCAGGUUCAGUGGGAUCGCGGGGUGCUGGCAUCGUCUCUGCUGGGGAUGAUUGCGCUGUCAAGUACACGAGGGCUGACAGUGCCGACUUGAAACCUUCCUUGGUCUACAAGCACAAGGACUAUGUUCGCGGUCUCUGUACAAUUUCCGCUGGAAAGCAAUUGAUUGAAAACUGA